AUGAACUCAUUUCGGAUGGCCGCAAAAGCAGGUCGAGCUCGCUACGCGUCGGCUUUCCCAUGGGCCAAAGAGCCCUUUAUAGUUGGAGCGCCGAUGCGGGUCAUAUCAGGCCCCGAGCUGGCUCUGGCUGUCUCUAAAGCCGGCGGUCUAGGCUUCGUUGGCCCUGGUUUGAAGCCCGAAAGCACCGCACGAGAUCUCGCCACUGUACAGCAGCUACUGAAAGAAGAGUCUGGAAAUUCUCUGCCGGUGUCCUUUGGCGGAAGGAACGGGUUACCUGUCGGUGUUGGGUUUCAAGUUUGGAAUGGCGACAUCAACUCCGCUACUCGGGCCGUACAGCAGUAUCGGCCCUGUGCAGCAUGGCUCUUCGCUCCUCGACGAGGGACCCCGGAGUUGGAGGAGUGGACUGCGCGCCUUCGGAUUGCCUCACCUGCUACCCAGGUCUGGGUCCAGAUCGGCACAGUCCAAGAAAGCAUAGAGCUUGCAAAAAGUCCCCAUCCCCCAGAUGUCCUGGUUGUUCAAGGAGCUGAAGCUGGUGGCCAUGGAAGGGCUACUGAUGGCCUUGGUAUUAUGACCCUAUUUCCUGAGGUCGCGGACCAGGUCCUCGACUCUGAUAUGACUCUAUUUGCCGCUGGAGGUAUCGCUGAUGGACGGGGGGUAGCUGCAGCCCUGGCGCUAGGUGCAACUGGUGUUGCAUUGGGUACACGAUUUUUGGCGUCGACGGAAGCCCGCAUAAGCAAGGGGUAUCAACAGGAAGUUGUUCGUGCUCGUGAUGGCGCACAUAGCACUGUCAGGACGCAUCUUUACAACCACCUUCGGGGAACCAUGAACUGGCCUGAACAGUACAGCCCGCGGACCAUCAUAAACAAGAGCUGGCGUGAACAUCAAGCUGGUAUCCCCUUUGAGGUACUUGAACAACGCUAUAAUGAAGCUCUAGACCAAGGAGAUAAGGGCUGGGGACCAGACGGUAGGCUUGCUACCUAUGCAGGUGCCGCAGUUGGCCUUGUCCAGAGCAUAGCACCGGCGGGCAACCUCGUGACGAGCCUGCAAGCCGAGACAAGGGCGUGCCUGCGAGAUCUUAGAGACUUGUGA